GCUCCACUCACCCCACACAAGAAGAUGAAAAAGCGCAAGGAGCUCAAUGCAUUGAUUGGCUUGGCUGGGGACAGCCGAAGAAAGAAGCCCAAGAAGGGCUCAGGCCACCGCCUGCUUCGCACUGAGCCUCCUGACUCAGACUCUGAGUCCAGCUCAGAGGAGGAAGAGGAAUUCGGUGUAGCUGGAAAUCGCUCCCGCUUUGUCAAGGGAGACUAUUUACGAUGCUGCAAGAUUUGUUAUCCGCUCUGUGCUUUUGUCAUCCUUGCCGCCUGUGUCGUGGCCUGCGUUGGCUUGGUGUGGAUGCAAGUUGCUCUGAAGGACGAUCUGGAUGCCCUCAAAGAAAAAUUUAGAACAAUGGAAUCUAAUCAGAAAAGCUCCUUCCAAGAAAUUCCCAAACUUAAUGAAGAGCUACUCAGCAAACAAAAACAACUUGAGAAGGUUGAAUCUGGAGAGCUGGGCUUGAACAGAGUCUGGAUAAACAUCACAGAAAUGAAUAAGCAGAUUUCUCUGUUGACUUCUGCAGUAAACCACCUCAAAGCCAAUGUUAAGUCAGCUGCAGACUUAAUUAGCCUGCCUGCCACUGUAGAGGGGCUCCAGAAGAGUGUAGCUUCCAUUGGCAAUACUUUAAACAGCGUACAUCUUGCUGUGGAGGCGAUAGAGAAAACUGUGGACGAGCACAAGACAACCAUGGAGUUGCUGCAGAGUGAUAUGCACUUCUUGAAGGAGACCAGUGGAAGCAACCAGAUCGUUCCAUCACCUUCAGCUACAUCAGAACUUGACAAUAAAACCAACAAUGAGAAUUUGAAACAGAUGGGUGAUAGAGCUGCCACUCUGAAAAGAGAGUCUUUGCGUCAAGUGACCAACAGAACAGAUACAGUAAAAAUCCAAAGCAUAAAGAAAGAAGAUAGUUCAGAUUCUCAGGUAUCCAAGCUAAGAGAGAAACUGCAGCUCAUCAGUGCUCUCACCAGCAAACCUGAGAGCAACAGGCCUCCAGAGACCGCCAGUGAGGAGCAAGUACAGAGUUUCACAUCAAAGCCAUCAGCAUUGCCAAAAUUUCCACAGUCUCUUGGAGACCAAAUUGAGAAAGCUGCCCAGCUAAGACCUAUCUCCCUACCAGGAAUUUCAAGCGUCAAAGAUCUUCAGGAUUUAUUCCACAAGACUGACCAGGACGUGGAUGAGAAGCUGACCUACCAGGAAAUCUCUAACUCCUUAGGUUCUGCUCUGCCAGAACCAGAGAGCUUGAGAGCAUAUGAUUCCGAUGGAGAUGGAAGAUACUCAUUCCUGGAGCUAAGAGUAGCUUUAGGUGUCUAGCUUCAUCAGGUGUAUUUUAGAAAUGGAUAUAUACCCUGGACUACCUAAUAUCUACUCACCUAACAAAAACAGCCCUUUUACUUACCCAUGAGUCCUCCAAACUACUAUAGCAGACACAUUGCCACCUUUUAACUUGUUUGAAAAAGCUGUAUAAAAGUUAUUUUUUUAAAGAAGAAGACCAUUUUACUUAUGAUAUUCAGAAAUAUAUGAUUUCUUGAAACCAAGAUCUUAAUUUUAAAAUUGCCAGAAAAAAAGUCAAGUCCUCUUUUUUUCUUUCCUUUUUUUGAGAGGAGGAGACCUUAUCUUUUAAAACUGGAAAGCAUGUAUAUAGAGAGACUAAGCCACCUUUUGUAUUUCACGUAAAUUUGCCUUAAAUUAGCUGCACUUUAUACAAACUCAGAAAAUGUCUUUCAUUUAAAAGAUAGACCUUUUCUGUUUGUGAAUAUUUAAAAUGAAAGGAAGAAUCGUGCAUAUUUUGUGGGAAGUAGGAAGAAUGGUUUGAAACAGGAUGCGAACAAAUGACUUGUUAUUAAAAAUCACUAAUCUGAGGUGGUAGCAGCUGAAACUCUGUCCACUUCUCCCUAAGGCAUCUCUGUUAGGUGCUGCCAUGGGGUUUGGCCUGGUGGCUGGGGGAACAGAUUUAGAGAGUGGACCCUGUGAAGACAAUGCCGCUUCCAGGCUGAGGAAAGUAAGAUUCUGGCUCUUUGUCCCUGUCCCCUCAGCUAAUUCCAACCUAUGAACCAGAGAAGUCUUGUUGGGGAUUUUUAAUCCUAUUUCAGUGUUUAUGAGCAUAGAAAGUUAUCUAGCAGGGAGCUACAUUUCCCCCCUGAGUGAGCUGCAUUAUCUUCUCCCACCCACCCACCCAAUCCUAUCUUAAAGCUGUAGCUGACUUCCAUCUCUGAUACUGUCUCCAUUCUGAACAGCAGGGCUGAAGUCCCUCAGUCACUGUCAGCCUGGCUACCUAGGAGCUUUAAAGGAGAGCUAUGCCUCUAAUUUUGACCCAGGAAACUCCUUGAGAUUUUACCUGGAGACUGACCAAGAACCUAAUGUGUCCCUCUUUGGGCUAAGGCCAAAAACGUUGUGAAAUGAAACACAGGAAAUCAUGUUAGGUUUCCUUACAAUUACCAGCUCAGGAGUAGCUGGAGGCUUUCCGUCCAGAGGAUGCCAAAUGAUAGCGGGCGGGCUUGGAGCCAGGGGCUUCAUAGGAUGGUAGCAAGUUUUUUCAAAUCUCAUACAAGCAAGUGCAAUACUUCUCCCUUUAAACACUUCUGUAGGCCCGGUACUAAAGGUCCCUGGGCUGGAAGGAAUUAUACCUCCAUGUCACCUGUGCGUGUGCUGUGUUGCUCUUAGAAGCGGUCUUUGGGCAUCACAAAAGGAAAAAGGUUGGCAAGACUUAACUGUGCUGGAGGCCAAGUCAGGGAGAAACUAGAAAAGCUCUCAUGGCACAGACUUCUUUAGUAGAGCUCAUUUCCGUUUUAACUUUACCCAAGUUGUCCUCUUAGCCAUGGAUGCAGUCAAGCACCCUUAAACAUUUAAGGGCUGAUUUUUUUCUUUAUAUGAUGUUCAGCUUGGUGUUGGCUAAGCUUUUAGAAGCUUUUUUUCUAAUAGUAUUAAAAUUUAGUUAAAGCAAGAUGAAGUCUUUUCCCAUGAA